GAAAGCGUCCUACCCUUGUGGAAGUCCGGCCUGGGGAGAUAUGGCGGGAGGGGUUGCUUUCCCGCGUGGUUAUUAAUCUGCUGGGUAAUUUGGGUGAACAGUGCACGGUGCAAGUGAAGUGGAAGCAGGCAGUGCACUCACCUUCAGCGAUUGCUGCUGCUCUCCGUGUCGUUUGGUUCGGAAACCGAAUGUUGCGCGGGUCUGCGUUGCCAUGGCAAUACGUUGUCUGCGUGCCCGAGCCCUGAGUUCGGUCGCUGCCCGCGGGGUCCUCGGUCAGUCCCGGCGUGAGCCCAGGUUGGUGCUGGGCAUAGAAACCAGCUGCGAUGACACUGCCGCGGCCGUGGUGGGCGAGACAGGGAGAGUCUUAGGAGAAGCCUUACAUUCUCAGAAAGAAACUCACCUCAAGGCAGGUGGAAUAAUUCCACCUGUAGCUCAGAGGCUACACAGAGAGCAUCUGGACAGAGUGGUGCAGGAAGCUAUGGAUAACAGUGGAGUCUCCCUUAAUGAACUAACAGCAAUAGCAACUACUAUAAAGCCAGGACUUGCACUAAGCCUACAAGUGGGCCUAGAGUACAGCUUGAAACUAAUAGAACAAUAUAAGAAACCUUUUAUCCCUAUUCAUCAUAUGGAGGCCCAUGCACUGACCAUUAGAAUGCUACAAUUGGUAGAGUUUCCCUUCCUGGUCCUGUUGAUCUCUGGUGGUCACAGUUUGCUCGCCGUUGCCCGUGGAGUCGAUGACUUUAUUCUUCUCGGGCAAACAUUGGAUGAAGCCCCAGGAGACACACUAGACAAGGUUGCGAGAAGACUUUCGCUGAGAAAUCACCCAGCAUGCUGUACAAUGAGUGGGGGUGAAGCCAUUGAAUACUUGGCCAGAAUGGGGAAUCGACUGCGUGUUGAAAUAACACAACCUAUGAGCCGCCACUUAGACUGUGACUUUUCCUUUUCCGGUCUCCGCAAUCAGGUCAAUCAAAUAAUUAUGAAAAAGGAAAAAGAAGAAGCAGGUAUCCAGGAUGGACAGUUGCUGUCGUGUGUGAAUGACAUCGCUGCUGCUGUACAACAUACAGUGGCAGUUCACUUAGCAAAGCGUACACAUCGAGCUAUUCUCUUCUGUAAGAAGGAAAACUUGUUGCCUCAAUCAAACCCAGCCUUGGUGGUGUCAGGCGGAGUGGCCAGCAAUAAAUACAUCAUAAAAAUUCUGCAGAUAGUAACUGAAGCAAAUGGGUUCUCACUGAAUUGUCCUCCUCCUAAGCUUUGCACAGACAAUGGCAUCAUGAUUGCAUGGAAUGGUAUUGAGAGGCUUAGAGCAGGAAUUGGUGUUCUACAUAACCCAAAAGCAAUUCGUUAUGAGCCAAAAGCCCCUCUCGGAAUUAAUUUAUCAGAACAAGUCGGGAAAGCAGCACUCAAAGUCCCUUAUCUUAAACUGAAGAUAUGAUUAAUGGGACUUCACUUGGUGGUUGGCCAUUUUAAGAAUCAACAACUGAAGAACUCCAAUAAGCCUGAUUUUUAAAUGAAAUAUGCACAUUUUAGAUUCUGCUAAUUAUAAUUUACAAUAUUAAAGUGUGUAUAUUUGAAAUAUUAGACAUCUAAUAAGUUCAUUGAAUGCGUGAGUGAAUUUCUGAUGUGAAGGAAUCUUGCAAAGUUACUAGCAUUUAAUUCAAAAAGGAUCGAUGAUAACAACCAGGAUCAGAAAACUCUUCUGAUCUUUCCUCUGUUUAAUGAACAUUUUUAAUGCCUUUACAAGUUUUAUUGCCUUUACAAGUUUUAAAUUUUUCUAAUUUCCCCCCUCGAUUUUUCUGUGAUUUUUAACGUGAAGACUGAACCCAAAGAAACCCAGAUUUUGAACUUGUGACAUAACCUUUUCACCAAGUUGAUCAAAAUCAGCUUAUGUGAUGUUUUAGAGCAAAUAAUCCUUUACAUUGGUGUUUGCUGAGUGUUCAUUAAUCUACUGAAUAUUAUUGAAUUGAUUUGAGAAGAAAAGGUCAUGCACAACCAUUCUUAUUGAAUUCAUUAAAAAUAACAACAGAGUGGAUAAGGAUAAUACAGUGAAAGUAAUAUUUGGCUUUCCGAUAAGGCACUGCAAAAUAGGCUCGUUACUAAGAUUAGAACAUGCGGAGUUAGGGGAUAGGGAGCAGAAUGGAUUGAGCAUUGCUGCAGAAAACAAACAAUAUUGGUUAAGGCACAGAUGGGUAGAUAGUUGAUUAGUGGUAUUCCAUGAAGGUAGCUGCUUGUACUUUUGUUAUUUACUGAUUAUAUAAAUAAUGUCUUUGGAAAUGGAAAAUCAUGAACUUACUAUGAGUAUUUUCCUUAUACAUUCACCAUACAUCUGAUGCAUUAACACAAAGAAAACAUACAGAUUUGAGGAUGAUGUCAAAUUGGAGACUAUUGUAAAAACUAUGAAAGAUGGUGGCAAAAUAGAAGAUAGUAAAUUUAAAGAAUAGGCAUGUAAUUGGUGGAUUAUUGAGUGUGAAGUGACACAUUUUAGUAGAAAGAUUAAGGAGCCUUUAGAUAACUUGUUCUAGACUGGUGAAGGGGUAAAUCCUGGGGAUCUAAUAGUAUGACAAGGUUGUUAAGCAAAAUGUUGGGAUUUAUUUCCAGAGGAAUAGACUGACAAGCAGAGAAGAUACUAAACCUGUGAAUCUUCAUUAGACUGAACAAUGUACAGUUCUGAGCUGAAUAUAGGCACUGGAUACAUUGCAAAAAUAUACUGGGAUGAUAUAAGCACUGAGAGGUUAGCUUUUUCAACAUUUUUGUGAUGGGUAUGUCUCUUUUUUUUUUAAUCUGGAAAAGAGAAACUUGUGGUGACCUAUUGAAGUACUUUAAGAAUGCAGAAGUAUUUGGUGAAGCAAUCAUGCAGGAGGGGAGACCAAAAUAAGUGCUGGAAAAAAUACAUAAUCAGAACAAUAAAAUAAAUCUUGUGGAGAAUUCAGGAGAAACUUCUUUACUCAGAAAGUCAGAGUGUGGGAUUCCCUAUCACAGAUAGCUAGGCUAGAUGCUUUCAAUAGGAUGCUAGAUGGUAGAUGAAGCAGAAAGGAGGAGAAAUGUGACCCAGGAAUGGUACUGAUUGAACUAAAUUAUGUUUUUCCGUACUGCACAUUGUAUUGUAAUUCCCACUGUAAUGUGGUGUACAAAAGCUUAAAUAGUAGGCAGGAUAAUGUCAAGUUAAAAUCUUAAAUAUUCAAAGCUUAACAAUGGAAACACUCCUAGACUUGUGUUUUUAGAUACUUUUGUAAGUAGCUUUUGUUCCACAAAAAAAAUACUAAAUAUGUGUUUAAUUCUUAAAAUAUUCUCACUAACUUUUCUCAAUCCCUUUUAAUUACAUUGAUACUGAAGUGCACCUCCAAGGGUCUUCCCAUUCUAUACCUUGACCAUGAAGGAAGUUAAUAUUUCCAUUUCAAAUGUGAUGGUAAAAUUACUGCUGGAAGUAUGAGAAGUUGUAAAGAUGCUUUGAUUCUCCUAAAUGCAAAUUACUUGGCUGUCAUGUGACACACUUGGUACAUUGAGGCCCCUACAUAUUGUGUUAUCCCAGGAACUACCAUCUACCAAAAUAAACAGAUAGAUAAAUUUGAAGCAUGGCAU